AUGGCUUCUUCCUCAAGAAUGUCGUGCUUCCAGUGCCACGAUUCCAGCUCCGCCCCAGACGCCUUCAGAAACGGGUGGCGCCUCCGCAGCGGCCACCACGCCCACCUCUGCCCUCGUUGCGCUUCGUUAUAUGAGGAAGGAAGAUUCUGUGAGACCUACCAUUUGCAUGAUGAUGGUUGGAGAGAUUGUGAAUCUUGUGGGAAGUCGAUCCAUUGUGGAUGUAUAGCGUCUUUCAAUAGUCAUUUUCUAUUAGACGUUGGUGGCAUAAUCUGCAUGGAAUGCUCAAGGCUAAAUUUUCUUUUGGCUCGAAACCAGUGUAUGCCUCUUGACCCUGAUACAACAGCUUGUGAAUCUGGUUCAGAACGAUCUGGCAAAGCCUUGGCAGAAGCCCAGUUCUGGCCUCGAGUGACUGAUCUGGAAAUGCCACAAUUCUCUAGAAUCCCCAACGCUACUGUCACUCCUCUGUUUGAAAAGAUAUUGACUACUAGUGAUGCUGAUCUCAAACUAGCGCGCCUAAUUAUACCAAAAAGAUGUGCAGAGUCUUCGUUCCCUAAUAUUUCUGGCCCGCAUGGGUUGCACAUCAAAAUACAAGAUAUGGAAGGCAGUGAAUGGGAAUUUCACUACAGAUAUUGGAUCAAUGGUGGAAGUAGGAUUUAUGUUCUCGAGGGGCUCAGAGAUUAUAUGGUCUCAAAGAAUUGGCAGGCAGGCGAUACUGUCCUCUUCGGAGCGGAGGGGGUGUCCGGCAAAGCGAGUCGAGGUUUGGGUCUGAGUAGAGGCGAGGCGAAGUUCAAGUUCUUCGGGCCCCGGAGUGAGGUGAGGGGUUUGGUGGGCCAAACUUUCCGGUCCAUCUAUAAGAACCCAUCUUCAUUGGGCCUCAUCAUGGCGGUGGUUGGUGGGAAAGAUGAUAUAAAUGACGUUGUCUUUUGCAAAGGGCAAUAA